AUGGCGCACAAUCGACCGGUUUUACCAACAAGGAGGCCCUCAAUUGACCCCGCCCGUCUCGUCCCUAUGGACAAGAUAGUCCGUCUAAAGGGCAAGGCCGAUUUCAAAGUCGUUUUCAUUGGCGCAGGAAAUAUUAUGUUUGGUUCCGAUGAGGGACCUUGGAAUCAUUCGUUCAGAUUGGAGCAUAAACUUGGGCGACGCCUCAAGGUCGACGCGAUCAUCGAUCCAAAUAUAGAACGGGCUCUGUCUGUCAUACAAGAAAAGUGCGAUAUGUUCGUCGUUUCGGCGUACGAGGAUACUCGGGUUUUCCGGACCCUCGAGGAAUACACGCAGGCUAUGGUUAAUCAAGAGAAACCCCGCGCCUUCGUUGUGGGGAGUCCUGCCCAAUUCCGGGGCACGAUGAGACCGGGACGUGAUGUCGAGAUGCAAAUUCUGAGGGACUUUCCCGGGGUUGCCAUCUUCGUCGAGAAGCCGGUGGCCACAGGACCAUUGUCCGAAAUCGACGACGUGUUCACAGUCAGUAAAGUUCUCAGUGAAUCAAGGACACUAUGCUCAGUGGGGUACAUGCUUCGAUAUCUUCGAGCAGUCCAGAAGAUGAAGCAAAUCAUUCAAGAUAAUGAUUUAACCGUCAUGGCUACCGUAGCUCGGUAUGCUACAGCCUACGAAGCCAUCAACAAACCAGACUGGUGGGACAAGUCGAAAAGUUACGGCCCCAUCGUAGAGCAAGGCACGCACUUUUGUGACCUGUCUCGAUAUUUUGGCGGAGAUGUCGAUAUUUCUUCUGUCUCUGCGCACUCCCUCGAUUGGGACGAGAAAGCUGGUCGCCUUUCGAAAAUGAAGAUUGACGAAAGCAAGAUUGCCCCAGACAAUAGGAUCCCGAGGGUGACUGCGGCGACAUGGAAAUACGACAACGGUGCAGUUGGCAGCUUUACGCAUAUGGUAGCGCUUCAGGGCUCGAAUUAUAGUUGCGAGUUCGAGGUAUAUACUGAUGGUUAUGAACUCAAACUCGUUAACCCGUAUGUGCAACCCGUGCUGAUUAUCCGCCAACCUGGCGACGACCACGAGUCGAAACUCAGGUUUCCUGACGACGAUCCCUUUUUCUCAGAGAUUUCCAAUUUUGUGGAUUUGGUUGAGGACGUGAAGGAUUCCAAUUCUUCCCCGCCUGAAAUCCUCAGCUCGUAUGAAGAUGCGUGUCGCUCCUAUGAGUUGUCAUGGGCGAUUCGAGAGGCCAGCGAACGAUCCAGAGACGAUCGUCUGGAAGCUUUGGAGUUGGCCGAGCCCAAAGCCAACGGCAAGGUCAAUGGGGUCCAUUAG